CGUCAUCGUAGGCUGUAACAACUGUUGUUAGUUGUUAGCCUUGAGCUGGCUUGAGGUACGAACAGACACAGGUACAGGUACAGAUACUGUACCCACGGACGGAUACAAGGUUAUGGAUGCCGAGGUCGCCCGGCCCCACUGAGCGUCUCUCACGCGUCCACUUUCUCCGGAAGCUUUACCAGGAAUUGAGCUCCAUAUGCUCUGAAACUUGGACCUGGGAAGUGGAGGAUGAAACAUGUCAAUAUCAAGUCUUGAACAACCUUGAAUUGGCUUGUUUUACGCCAGCCAAGUUUGCGAGACUCCAAAGCAUUGAACACCGAUCGCAGUUAAGGUAUGCAUGUGCUCUCCAAGUACCGUACUCAUGCUCUCACCACCUCAACUGCUAUCAGCCCCCAUCAAGACUGGUCAUGUUUCUCCAUCUACGCCAUGGCCCGCCAUAGCGCUCCCUGCCACGAGGUGCGACCAGCCCAGUGAGAAACAUUGGCUGAUCGUCGCUGAUAGUCUGGAGAAGAAGAUAGGACAAGGUCCGGUCCGGCAAAAGAACCAAACACUUUUGAUAUUGUCGCAGAUAAAUCUUGACCUCCCUUGUUUGGGCAAGGUUACGUUAGAGCCAAGCUCGUGCUCGUGGAAUACAUGGCUGAGCUCAGAUGGCGAAAUAAUUGUUAUUAAUACUGUAAUUCGAUGCUGGUCACGCAAAGCGCAUGGCGUCAGCGGAUGCUCACUCGCUCGCAAUAGGAGGCGUUCCGUUGCUCUAUAAUGCACGGCAGCAUGGCUUUCUCCGUAUCGAAGACAAACUCACAAUAGUACUGCGGCCCACGAAUAGGUGUCAAUUCGCCCGACCAAAGAGCGUUAUCAUUAUCAUGCCCAUGCCCAUGCCGCAGGCGCCGCAUAAAGGUACAGUACCGUACCCUGCAAGUUGUGUUCCUUUUUUGGAAACCAGGCAGACGAGGCCCAUUAGGUUUCCCCGACUUUUUGAGUUAGCAGUAGGACUCGGGUCUAAGAAAGGGUGGGCAACCUCUGAACUAAUUGGAUCAUGGUGAGAGUGACGUUUCCGGAUACUGAUGAUGGCAUUGAACUGGUGAGACAUGGUAACAUGGACAGGACAAGUCAGGAACAGAAGUGCCCGCUCACGGUGCUCAUCACUCACUCGCUCCCAUUAUCACGUCAACUGAACACGAGUCGCGAUGAUUCCUAAGCAAAAGAGGUACAGUCGAGUCAAUUCAGGACAGCUAACUAAACACAAAAAAACAAUACAAAUACAAAUACCGUCAUCACGCACACCCAGAUCGUCAUCUUCUCGUCCUAGAUCGGCAACUAUCCCCCUGUUCCUUGACCGACUGGCUGCUUGAAAGCCGCUAGAACAAGGGAGCAUGUUGCCUCGUCAACUUUAAAUAAAGGAAAAGAAAAAAGGCAUCAUGUGCUGAAACACUCCCAUAUUAUUAACAAAGAAGUAAGGAAUAGUGACGCCGAC